AUGUACUGCGACUGUAUACUCGUGAUCAUAUCGAUCAUUUUUCCACCUCUGCCAGUGAUUAUCCGUUCCGGUCUAUGUUCUUGUGAUGUGCUGAUCAACCUGCUGCUAUGCCUGCUUGGAUACUUCCCCGGUCUUAUACACUCGUGGUAUAUCAUCUCCAGGCGUGAAAGGUUUGACGAGGAAGAGGUAAUCUACCAAACUCACAAUCACAUCAACAAUCAUUACCAUUAUGUCACUGUUUCUCCACAAGCCUCACCUUCUCUGGAACCCCAGCAGGAGAGCGCCCCACAGAGAAACUACGGAAGUGUCAACCCUCCCACUUACGAGACCGUGGUGAACGAAACGCUUAAAUAA